AUGCAUGUAAUUAUGAAUAGUGAUGAUCUUGUUUGGCAAAUUAUCAAUAAUUCGUUUUGCUCGUUCCUCGUUAAAACAAAGGCCGGCAAGUUCUGUCGUAACGAAAAUAACGUAACUGGCCUCUGCAACCGUCAUUCAUGUCCUCUUUCCAACUCUCGCUAUGCCACGAUUAAAGAACGUGAUGGCAUAAUAUACCUUUACAUGAGGGAACCGGAGCGCGUUCCAUAUCCAAAUAAACAAUGGGAAAGAGUGAAAUUAUCAAGGAACGAGAAGCAAGCUAUAGAACAAAUCAACAGACAUUUGAAAUACUGGGAUAGAUGGAUCAGAGGGCGA